AUGGCCUCUGCAGGAACGGGGUCACCCGAAAAGACAUCAGUUUCUGUUGCACUUCGAAUACGACCAAUAACAAAUGAGGAUUUAAAAAAUCUUCCGACACGAUUUCAACGCCAGGUUAUAACAACCUCGCCGUUUGUACCGAACCAAGUUAUUGUACAUGCUGACAAGAAAUUAAAUUUUUCCUUUGACAACGUAUUUGGCCCCGAAGCCACACAAAGAGAUGUCUAUGAAAAAUCGGUUUUAGGUUUAAUCGAUAAAUUUAUAGAAGGAUACAAUGCAACCAUCCUUGCGUAUGGUCAAACAUCUUCAGGCAAGACACACACAAUGGGUACUGCUGAUAAUGCCAGUCAACUACCCGAAACUAAAGGCAUUAUUCCCAGGGCUAUGGCAUCUCUCUUCUCUGCCAUAAACUCGACACAAUAUAGAACGCGCAAGUUUGCAAUAAAAGUCUCAUUUAUAGAGAUUUAUAAUGAAGAUUUGAUAGAUCUGCUGGGUGAACGAGAUGGAGAUGAAAGACCACAAAUUACAAUAAGAGAAGAUAAUAAGGGAAAUAUUUUAUGGAGUGGUCUGCAAGAAUUCCGAGUUAAUUCUGUGGAAGAAGUGAUGGGACAUUUAGCUCGAGGAUCGUUAAAUCGACAAGUUGGCGCUACAGAAAUGAAUGUUGUUUCAUCUCGAUCACAUGCAAUAUUUUCAGUAACAUUAACACAGCAGAAAUUCGUCCCGGCGAAUGGAAAUUCUGCAAGUCCAAUACAUAAUCCGCCAACACCAUUAUCAGCUACUAUACCUUCAUCAACUGUAUCGCGAUCAGGUGCAACUUCAAGGUCGAGUUCUCGAAUGAGUAAGAGAUUCGACGAAGGAGAUUGGGUCACUGUUACGAGUAAAUUCCACUUUGUCGAUUUGGCUGGUAGUGAACGGCUAAAAAGAACAUCAGCGAUAGGUGAACGUGCGAAAGAAGGAAUUUCUAUAAAUUCCGGAUUGCUUGCACUAGGAAACGUUAUUUCGGCUUUGGGUGAUCCAUACAAGGCCAAGCAUCAAAAGCACAUUCCGUACCGAGACUCAAAACUGACACGUUUAUUACAAGAUUCUCUUGGUGGAAAUGCACAGACACUAAUGAUCGCAUGUGUAUCUCCGGCUGAAUUCAAUUUAAACGAAACGGUGAACACGAUAAAGUAUGCCAAUCGUGCACGGAACAUCAAAAAUCAAGCGAGGGUUAACGAAGAGGAAUCUGGCUGGCAAGAUGUGGAGCAUUUGCAAAGCCUAGUAAUAAAACUUCGAAACGAGAUUAGAGCGUUAAAAGAUAAUAAUGGCAUUGGUUCUAGAUCUGUCUCUAGAGCUGAAUCAAUAACCCAUUCAGGCCGAAGCACUCCUAUAAAUGGAUUUGAAUCACCUACUCAUACGCGACAGCUAUCUAAUCCGUUAUCUGAUGGUUCCUUUUCCAAUGCCAAAGACAAGGAUGUUGGAUUACUUGAAGAACAGCUCAAGGAAUUACAACAGUCUUACUUUGAGCUCUCGCAAAAAUAUGCAAAGUCUAAUGCCGAACUUGCAAAACAUCAAGACAAUUUCGAUGGUGUUAAUAAUCCUCACAUGAAUUAUGAAAAUGAUCAUUCAACGGGCGCUCAGACAUUAUCAUCUAUUGUAGAGGAGGAAGAAAAAAAUUUCAUGUUAAGAGCUACCGACAGUUUCCAAGAAGCUGUAGAACCUGUGAUCAAAGAGUACGAAAUUUCUAUCACGAAACUGGAAGGCGAGUUAGCAUUUUCUCGUGCUGCUGUAAAGUAUAACGAAACCAAGAUGUUAGAACAAGAGAAUAAACUCAAAUACGCAGAGGAAUUAAAUCGUCGAAAUGAGAAUUGGAUCAAAGAUCUUACAAUGAAAAUAGCAAAGAUGACCGAAAGAGAGUCGACAACAGAAUUGUAUAUCAAAGAUCUUGAACAAAAGUUACAAGAACAUUCUGCACAACAAAAAAAGGAUCUAGACUUGAUUACGGAAUUGCGAGGAAAAAUAACUCAACUCAAGACAAGUGGUGCAAAAAAUGAAAAUUAUAUUCAAGAUCUUGAAAUGCGCCUCGUUAAAAGUGAUGAACAAAUUGCCAAAUUCAAUAAAUCGGCAGAGGAACUUGAACGAAGACUUCAAGAACGAGAAGAAGCGUAUCAAGCGUUACAGAUUAAAUUAAAACAAACAGAAGAGGAUACAGAUCGAAUAAAACUCAUAAAUGAGAUCAGUGAUCGAGAUCGGCGAAUUACUAUGCUUGAGAAAAAAGUUGAAGAUCUUGUAUUUGAGAUUGAUAAACUGAGGAAAUUUACGGAUCAUGAUCAUGAAGGCUUCAUUUCGUCUAGCUCUUCGCCAUCUUUUGAAGAAGAUACUCCUCUCUCCACCCCACCAAGCUCAAACACGCCUACGCCGGUGGGUAUUAUGGCUGACCGUUUCGUGAUAGCAGAACUUGAAUCAAAGCUAGCUGAACUCCAAAAAAAUCACAAUGAAGUAUUGGCUGCUUUUGCGGAGCUCAAAGAAAAAUAUGACGAAAGUCUUCGUGAAAUCGAAGAGCUUCGUCAGCUUCUAAAUGAAACUAAAUUGCUCAAUAUCAAUAUAAUUGAUUCGGAACCUAAUACCCCUCGAACUAGCACAUAUCCUCCCGAGUCCGGAUCCGAUUCUCUAGCUGAUUCCUUGAAAUUGCAUCGUAGAGCCAGAUCCCUUUCUAACGAGAUUAAUGGUAAUGAGAAAGCAGAUCUUGUAAGUGCUGUUAUUGUUCAAAAUCUAGAAAUUGAAUUGAAACAAAUGGAGAUGUUACACAACGAAAAGAUAAAAGGUCUUGAAGAUGUUAGGCAAGAACUAGCUCGACUCGAGAUGAAUCAUCGUGAAAAUCUUGAAAUUGUUGAGGAACUUCGUGAUGAAAUCAAGAAACGUGAUGAGCUUGCACAAAUCGAGGUAAGGUCGGUUCUUGCGACUUCAGAAUAUAAUGAAGGAAGCUUAGCUGGAUUUGGCGGAUAUUCUGCUACAACCAGUGAAGUCGACCAACUUGAUAUUGUCCAGCGUCUUCGAGAUGAAGUCGAACAACUCAAGGAUGAGCAACGUCGUACCAUGGAAGUUCUUUCCGAACAUCAAAGGCUUGCUAAAAGCGAUCAAGUAUUAAAAUUGGAGUCGGAAAUCGAGCAUCUGAAAUCCGAAUUACGAAUGGCCGAAGAAGCCAAAGAUAACGUUGCGGAUUCCAGCGUGGAUUCGAGUGCAAAUUCGGAUGAUUUGAAAACGAAUACUAAGGAACAUGUCAUUAAGCUUGAAGCUAAGGUAAAAGAGCUUGAAGAAAAACUUGAAGAAGCUUAUGAAAUCAAACGCAAAGAAUACGUUGCUGAAGCUGCUGCACGACUUGAAGGUGUUCCAACUAAAAUCCAAGUUGAAGAAGUCAAAGACGAAGAAACACCAUCCGAUUCAAAUGAUGAGUCUAUAGCUCUUCAACAGCAAAUGGAAAAGCUUCAAGGUUUGAUCGAAGCAAAAAGUCAAAUUAUUGCAACUUUAUUGCUACCUUCUAUCGAGCAACAGAAUACAAUUCGAAGAUUAGAAGAUGAGUUACAACAAGCUCAAGAAGCGCUUCGUCGAACUUUAGAAGAAAAGAACAAAGAAACUAACGAUGCUCAACAAAAUGACGAAACAAUCAAAGCCCUUGAAGAAAAAAUCAAAGAUCUUGAUGCACAACUUACAAAUGCAAAAGAAGCUCAACAUGUUCCCACACCUCGAAGUUCCUAUAUACAUGUCAAUGAUCCGAUGCACAAAAAUCUCGAUGCUCUAUACGAUAAACUUAAAGUUUUACAAAAGGAGCUAGCAACAAAAGCAGAAACAAUUCCAGCUCUAAAAGACGAACAAGAUCUAGUCAACACUCUUCAAGAGCAACUUGACACACUAAAAUCAGAUAUCAAGCGUAAAUACGAAUUAAUUGAUAUGCUUAAACGAGACUUGGCAGAUAAAAGUCUUAUACAACAACGGUUGAAAUCAAAAGAAGCCGAAGUUGAAAAUCUCAAAGUUAAAUUAACAGAAGUUCUGAAAAAAGAAGAAGCAAUAACGCUUGAGAUUAGUGAACUGGAAGGUCAAUUAGAUUCAGAAAUAAAUGGCGGAGAUUUAAAUCAGCUUGAUAUAAAGAAUCAAAUAUUGGCACAAAAGACAUUAAAUAUUCGUCUUCAAUCUGAGCUGGAUCAAGUUAAAGAGGAACUAAAGGCUGCUUUAGCAUCCAGAGAAAAUCGUUCUGAAGAAACUGAAGAAUUAUCACAAUUAUUAACCGAUACAUUACGACAAAGUGAUGAAAACGCUCAACGGGCAGAUGAACUCGCACGUGAACUUGAAAAUUUGAAAGCAAAUGAUUCAAAUAAAGAUAGUACAGUGUCUCAAGAUCGUGUUCUUGAACUGGAACAAACUUUGAAACAACUAGAAACAGAUAAAGACAAUGAAAUUAAGCAACUUAAACAACAAGUAGAACAGUUCCAAAAUGAGCUUGUAUCUUUGACUGAUGAAUUCGCAAAAUACGAGGAAGUUGAAGAAAUUUCCAGACAACAAAAACUCCAGAUUACAGAGGCAGAAAAACAUAUUGCGACAUUAACUGAAAAGGUAAAGAGAUUGGAAAAAGAUCUUGAAGAGGCACAAAAGUUGGCGAUGGAUAUCAAAGAGAUGAAUGAAUUACAUGAAAAAAUUAAAGAACUCGAAGCCGAAAAAGAAGGAUUAGAACAGGCCAACAAUUCAUUCUUUGAAGAACGUGGCAGACUUGAUCAAAGAAUCGAAUCAUUAAUGCAGCAAUUGGAAACAGUCGGCGCUGGUGGAAACAAGGCUGCAUCUACAAUAGCUGAACAAAAUAAUAAAAUAGUUUCCCUUGAAAAAGAACUCGCUUCAUUGAUUCAACGGUCAAAACAAGAAUCAAAUGAAAUGGAACAAGAAAUUGAACGGUUAUUAUUGGAAAAUGAGGAAAGACUUGCUAAACAAGAAAAAACAAGCGAUUCAAAGUCACCAGAAAGUGGCGCAGAAAUUGAUAACUUACAAUCAAAGUUGACAGAACAAGAAGAUACAAUUGCACAACAAAGUUCGCUUAUAAAAUCUCUUCAAGAGAAGCUUUCUGAAUUAGAACAGAGAUCCAAUGAUAAUAAUAUUAAUUCACCUCGUGAAGCGUCGGCAAAUCCUGAUUCAACUGACAACUUCAGAAUGUCAACAUUAUCAACAUCUUCAAAUUCCUCCGAUUUAAUAAAGAAGGGUUCGUAUCGACCGACUAUUGCUGGAAAUCUUGUAAAAGCACCACCGCCAACACCGCCGCCCAGCCUUCCUUUGCCUCCACCUCCCACCGCAUUACCGCCUAUUCCUCAGGGUCCAGGUACCCCUCCGCCAUCUGGUUACAGUACUCCAAUUCCACCUCCACCACGUUCCCCAUUACCACGCUCUGAAUCUGCAAUGUCAAAAACAAACGUGUCAGAUACAAACACGACACGUGAUGAUCUUGCACAAGAAAUUCAAAAACUCCACAAGAAAAUCGCAAAAAUGGAAGGUGAAAACAUUCAAAGUCGACAAGAAGUUGAAGAACUAAAAUCAAAACUUAGUGACGCAGAGACAAAUGUUCGAGUUGCAACACAGCAACUAAGUGUACUGCAAAGCGAAAAGCAAGAGUAUGUUGAGCAAAUUAAGACAUUACGAAAACAACUUGAUGAUGCAAGACAUGCUGUAGAAUAUACAAGGUCUACGGUAGAAGAAGAAAAGAAAACAUUGGAAAAUUGGGUUGAAGAAGAGCGUAAAGCAAAAGAAAAAGCAGAGCGAGCUAAAAUGGCCCUUGAAA